AUGGGAAAGAUGAGGUGCUCUUCGAAGACUGUAACGUACCAAAACGCCAGGCUUCCCCAGUUCAAUUCAAGUCAAGUUGUGAGGAUGAAAGAGAUUCUGCCUGAGUCCGUCCUUCGAUCACUAAUCGCCUCAAGCCAUAACUCCUCAACCUGCCCCCGCAAUCUUCGCAUUCAACGUCAAUUCCCUUCAAAGUUUUCAAUGCUCGUUAAAAUACGGCCGAGACCCCUCACAUUUGAGGCAAGUGGCGCGGCAACCGACGCGCCGAGACCAGUGACUCAGAACACGAAACCUGCACGCUGUCGCCUGAUAUCGUGGUCCCGCGUCACUGAUACGAGGCGCGUAUUCCACUGUGUGACAGCGCGUGCAGAGCGCAUUGGUGCUGGCUUUUUGGUCGAGGAAGCGGUGAGAUGUUUGUGGCCUCAAAAAGAGCGUAUGCAGAAGCAAUGCAAGCUGAAAACUUCGGGACAGAGUGCCACAGAAGAAGUCAUGGUUUUUGGCAUUAACUGCUGGACUCGUUGUCUUCUUCCUCGUUCUGUGGUUGUGUGGCUGCUCUUGUCUCGCGACCAAGGACCUACUUUGGGUCGCCAAACGUUUAUGGCAAUAUCCUACCCCAUUUUACACUCUCCUCCUCCUAGCGUUUGGCGUACCGCUCAGCCGUUCCUCUUGUUCAUCCCCAGUGAAAACUUUACAUGGCACGAAGCCUUGGCUGAAAGGAUCGCCCAAAUCAUUGCAUAUCCACUUGCAAUUGCCUUGAUCUCCAACAAUCAGACUGAAAGGGAGCUUCUUCCCGCAGGAUCUUUUUUUCAUUGCUAUGAUUAUGCUAUUGCCCUCUCUGAUAUACUAUUGAUUAGGACUCAUGAGGACCUAGAUGAAGUUAAAAUCUUUGCCAAUGUGAUAUACUAUAUUCAUGGGCAUUGA